CCCGCCCUCUAAGCAAGCAGGAAAUCCCUCUUUCACCCGGACUACCAACAGCACGAACAAAGUUACUAGUACACUAUCGCCAUGAGUUCAGACCUACAUUUAAAUUCAAACGCUGAUGACCAGCUUGACUCCAAGGAUGAGAAGUGUUUGGCGGCAGCCGCCCAAGAGGCUAACCGUCUACCUGAGCUCCGUCUCAUCAUGCUGGGCUGGAGAUGGCCGGGUAAGAGCCUGACCGGCAACACCAUCCUGGGCCGUGAGGAGUUUCGGCUGGAACGUGCUGCCGAAUUCUGCGUUAAACGCGAAACCGAAGUGGAUCGGCGCAAAAUAACGGUAGUAGACACACCAGGCUGGUUCUCAGCCCAGACCACACCGCCGGAUUAUCAGCAAGAGAUGGUCCGAAGCGUCAGCAUGUGUCCGCCCGGACCUCACGCGUUCCUGCUGGUCAUACCCGUAGGCAUGUUCACUGAAACAGACCGGGCUCGUAUAGAGGAAAACCUGGUGCUGUUUGGAGAAGAUUUAUGGAAGCACACGUUGGUGGUGUUCACCUGGGCGGAGAUUUUAAAGGACAAGUCCAUAGAAAGGCAUAUACGAAGGGAGGGUCGUGACCUUCAGUGGGUGGUCGACAAGUGUAAAAGAAGGUACCACGUUAUUAAUAACUUUAUUUUUGGGGAGCACCCACAGCUGCCGCAGCUGAUGGAGAAGGUGGAGAAGAUAGUGGCUGAAGAAGGCGGUAUUUUCACACUUGAGAAUGAAUCGGAAAACUCACAGAGUCAAGCGCAGACUCAUGAAGAGAAUCUGAACACCAGUAGUGUGAAAGAAAACAGGGAGCUCGGUGCGAGACCCAAACAGAACGGUUCCUGCAACUCAUUGCGGGCCAUGGAUGUAGACUCUCCGCAAAGUUUAGUUGAAGGUGUCACCGAAUAGUCACACAUGGACUCUUCAAGUGCUGCUUUUUUCGGUUAAUUCAACUCUAAAUUAUUUGCUGAAAUAGUCAUAUCCUUGACUUCAUCACUCCAUGAAGCUUCAGAAUGUCCGGUUUACAGUAUGGAGACUCACCCUGUAGCUUUAGAUUAUUUAACAUAUAACACCAAUAGGAAUUAUCAUAAUCAUAAAUCACAUUUGUGUUAGGAAAUCAGUAGUAUAAAUUUGCAUAUACAAUCAUUGAAGUGAUGGAUACUAAUAUCACAGCUAUAGUCACACAGUAAGUGUGCCACAUCUUUCUCUAGUACACUGUGUCAUUUCUGUAGCAUUUGUGUUGAUGCUUAUAAUGAAAACUGAGGUGACAGAACACUCACAAAUGAUUUGCACUAAUGAAUUGAACUUAACCUAAUAGCCUGUAAAAAUGCCUUAACUGAUGCACUAGUAACAGCUGUCAGAGACAAGUGUCUGCGUGCUCUAUGUGAUUAGUUACAUUGGUUGCUGUGGUUGGUUACAAUUUGUCCAAAAUCUUAAACAAGAAUUUCUUGCACAACACUGUUUGCUGUGUUUUACACUUGUCCCCAGUUCUUAUUGAAAGCACGAAUAUAAUAUUCCUAUUUGUUUUUAUAUUAUUUGACUGUUUUAAUGUCUUGAUUUGUGCUUUCGGGUUACUGAAUGUUUUAGGUUUGCAGUUUUCUAUCGUAUGUUUUAAUGUAAGACAAUAUUAUAAAAUCAAAGGCUUAAUAUUUUAUUUAUUUUUAAUCUAUCACAUUCUGUGCUGUUACUUUUUUCAACAGAUUGAGAACUCUUUAGUCAAUAUGCAGCUAUAAAUUUGGUAACGAAUAUGUUUCAAUUCCCCUGAUAUUAAAGCUAUAUGACUGUGUUGCUACUAAUGCCCCUAUGUUUGUCUAAUGAUAUUAGAUGUUUUAAACUUGAAUGUAACCAAUUUUAUAUAAACCUAAAGUGUUUUCUGCUAUUAUUUCUCAAAUCAACAUUGCAUUCCUUUGUAGAUGUAUUGAAAUUUCUGACAGCUAUAAAAAUCUAUUUUUCAGAUG